AUGGCAUUUGGGGGUUAUAAUAAGUUUCCUCGUAGAGAUGAUGGUUCUCCAUCUGGUGAUAAAUUUGAAAAUCUGGAGGAAAAUCCUUCUUAUAACUUAAAUACAAAAGACAAUAAACAUGGUCAUGAUGAAUCCCUAACUACUGAGGAACAGGAGGACAGGCAGUUGGAUGAAAACAGGGUGGAAGAAGAGAGGGGAAAAGGUGAAGUAACUAGACUAACAACCCCUAGACAAUACAAUAAUCGUAAUGGUGAAAGAAGAAAUAAUAGUGGGGAAAUUACUAGUAACUGGAAUAAUAGAUAUAGUAUCAACAACGUAAGCAAUACUGGAGGAAAUCAUGGUAAUAAUGAAAACUAUGGAAACAAUGAUAAUGGGAACAACCGAAAUGGGAAUAACAAUAAUGGUGGAGGUAACAAUGGAAACAAUGGUAAUAAUGGAAUAAAUAGAAACUAUCAGAUUACCAACUAUGGUUGCAGGCCACCUAUGACCAUUGAGAGGUAUAAACAGUUGGAUUUUAGUGGGAUAGUUGGAUAUCCAAAUCAGAUUGCAAACGAUUUAAGGUCAGUUGUUCCUAAAUUCACAGGAAAUGGAACUGAUUCUACAGAACAUGUAAUAAAUGUAAAAAAUACCAUUGAAGAGUUUGAAAUCCCUCAUGAAGAUGUCUUUAUGAAAUUAUUUGUUCAAUAUCUAAUAGAGGAUGUAGGAGAAUGGUAUAGGAAUCUUCCUGACAGAUGUUUUGCAGAAGAGAAGGACCAUGAGAAUGAAUAUGAGCCCACAGUAAAUAUACUUUCAUCAGAUCCAUUUUGGGGUAGGGAUGAGGAUUCAUUUGAGGGUGAAAAAUCAUCAGAUGUACAAUGGAGAAGAGAGAACCAACAACAUAGUGUACAACAAGUUUUUACUGAUGAUGAAGCGGAUAUUCCAUCCUUGAGGAGAUUGUUCCAUAAUGAAGAUCAAGUGCAUUCCUUGAGGAACUUAACAGAUGAAGAAAAGAAAGCCUAG